AUGCGGGACGCUAGGGACAAGAAGGAGUACGUGGCGAAGCAGCAGCGGUGGCUGCUCUUCCUUCGCCACUGCGCCAAGUGCCAAGCAGCCGAGGGGCAGUGCACCUACGGCCAGUCCUGCACCGUCGCCAAGCAGCUCUGGCGCCACAUCCUCACCUGCGCCGACCCCAAUUGCGAAUACCCCAGGUGCCUGACGAGCCGGGAGCUGCUGAAGCACCACCAGAAGUGUGUAAAUCAGAGCUGCCCGGUGUGCACACCGGUGAAGCAGUACGUGCAGAAGCAGCGCAUGGUGAUGCAGAAGCAGCAGCAGGAGGCCAUGGCGCGCAAAGAGGCCGAGGCCCGCGGCUACAACCCCCACAUGAUGCAGCAGCGUUUCAAGCCGGGGCAGGCGCAAGCGGUGAUGCAGGGCAACCAUGGCACCUCCCUCAUCGAGGCCAUGAACGCCCUGGAGAUCCAGUCCCACCUGGGAACCCUCAAGAGUGUAUCUGUUGGGGAGCAGGCGCAGGCGGGGCAGAGCAGCAUGGGCGCAAAGGCGCCGCUGGGGUCGGGGCUGCCGGCCUGGAGCGACCCGCAGUCCGACCCUUGCGCGGCCUGCGGCGUGUGCCGCUACACCUUCGAGCCGCCCUCCAUCUUCUGCACCUCCUGCUCCCAGCGCAUCAAGCGCAACCAGGUGUACUAUACCACGCCGGCCAAGAAGAGCGAGGGCGUGAAGGGCUUCUGGUGCCACAGCUGCUACUCUGAGCACCGCGGCGAGAUCAUCCAGAUGGAGGGCAUGCGUGUGCGCAAGAAUGAGCUGGAGAAGCGGAAGAACGAUGAGGAGACAGAGGAGGGGUGGGUGCAGUGCGACGUGUGCGAUUGCUGGGUGCACCAGAUCUGCGGCCUCUUCAACAAGGGGCGCAACAAGGAGGAGACGCCCUACGUCUGCCCCAUGUGCCUCAUGGACGGGCUGCGGAAGGGGCAGCGGAAGGCGAUUGCGGUGCGGCCGCAGGCGAUGCUGGAAGCGAAGGACCUGCCGCGCUGCGACCUGAGCGAGUUCCUGGAGGAUCGCGUGGCCAAGGCCCUGGAGCGCGACCUCCACAUGCGCGCCCAGCGCAAGGGCAUCCCCACCGACCAGGUGCCGGCGGCGACGGGGCUGACGCUGCGGGUGAUCAACAACGUGGUGAAGAAGAUGGACACCAAAUCCAAAUUCUACGACGCCUUCCGGAAGGACGGCUACCCGGCCAACUUCGAGUACAAGCAGAAGGCGCGUUCUGUGAUCAUGCUGUUCCAGAAGCAGGACGGCGUGGACGUGUGCCUGUACUGCCUGUACAUGCAGGAGUACCCCGACAGCUGCCCCGCCCCCAACUCCCGCUGGAUCUACCUCUCCUACCUGGACUCCGUCAAGUACUUCAGGCCGGAGGGGGUGAUGAGCGCGCGGGAGGGAGUGGCGCUGCGGACGCUGGUGUACCACGAGGUGCUGCAGGGCUACCUGUCCUACGUCAAGGCCCGCGGCUACACCUCCAUGUUCAUCUGGGCCUGCCCGCCCCUGCAGGGUGACGACUACAUCCUGUACUGCCACCCGAGCCGGCAGAAGACGCCGCGCAGCGAGCACCUGCGCGAGUGGUACCUGCGCAUGCUGCGCCAGGCGCAGGUGGAGGGCAGCGUCACACACCUCUCCAACCUGUGGGACACCUUCUUCGAGGGCGGCCGCGACCACCGCAUAGACCGCCCUUCCUCCACCCACCUCCCCUACUUCGAGGGCGACUACUGGCCGGGCGAGGCGGAGAGCCUGCUGAUGAACAUGGGGGAGGAGGCACGCGUGGCGGGCAAGAAGGGCAGCAAGCCCGGGCGCGCGGCCAAGAACACCAAGGGCAAGCGCUACGGGUCGGGGCCGGCCACUACGGACACGCAGUUGAUGGAGAAGCUGGGCGACACCAUCUCCGGCAUGAAGGCCGACUUCAUCGUCGUGCACAUGCAGGAGCCCUGCUCCUUCUGCCGCACCUACAUCUCCGACGCCACCCGGUGCGCGCCGCUCCCUCUUCAUCUCAUGCUACCACUGUGCAAGCUUCCCUCUCGCGUUUAUCCGCAGGAUGCGGCGGCUGGCGAGGGCAAGGCGCGGGGCCUGCCGAGCGGGGUGCAUCUGGCAGACCUGGUGCCGACCAAGACGGAGCCCAUCGCGGCCACCCACGACGAGGGCAAUCCCGAGAUGCACUGCGAGUUCUUCGACACCCGCCAGGCGUUCCUGUCGCUGUGCCAGGGCAACCACUACCAGUUUGACAGCAUGCGGCGCGCGAAGCACAGCAGCAUGAUGGUGCUGUACCACCUGCACAACCCGGACGCGCCAGCCUUCUCCUGCUCCUGCAACGCUUGCGGCAUGGAGAUUGAGCCGGGGCAGGGCUUCCGCUGCUCCGUCUGCCAGGACUUCGACAUGUGCACCAACUGCAAGCACACCGUCGGCCACCAGCACCAGCUCAUCGCGCACGCGCGGAAGAUCGACGAGACGCGGACGCGGAUGACGGAGGAGGAGAGGACGGAGCGCAACGCACAGCUGGCGCGCACGAUGGCGUUGCUGGUGCACGCGAGCGGCUGCGCGGACCCGGAGUGCCCCUCCUCCAAUUGCUCCAAGGUCAAGGGCCUCUUCCACCACGCCGUCUCCUGCCCCCAGAAGGUCGCCGGCGGCUGCCAGCUCUGCCGGCGGAUGUGGAUGCUGCUGCAGGUGCACGCGAAGCAGUGCCAGAACAACGACUGCCCCGUGCCGCGCUGCCGCGAGCUGCGCGAGAUGCGCAGACGCGCCGUGGCCCGCCAGGAGGACCAGCGCCGCGUCGCCUACCAGGCCAUGCUACGCAACCAGAACGGCCAGGGCGGCAACUCGUCGCAGGGCCCGUCCGGGUCGCAGGGCAAGGGCUCCGGCGGCGGCAGCGGCUCGCAGGGCAAGCACCCGGGUGGCGAGAUCAAACGUGAGAGCCAGUACUGAGGCGUUGCCUCUCUCCCUCGCCACCUCUGCUGCCCUGCUCUCUGAGCGGCCCCCGGGACAAGUCAGCCGUCGCAGCAGCCGUGCACAGCUGCGGUCGGUGGCGGCUGCGGCUUCCCGGCAGCUGCGGA